UGGUCGGGAGCGCGCCGCAGUGCGCGGCUGCAGGGAGCGGGCCGCGCUGCAGGGAUGCUCGCCCCGCUCCUGGGCUCCGCAGGCUCCGGCUGGCUGCUGCUGGAGUUUGCCGUGUCCCUGGCGGAGAAGAUGCAGGCUCAGGAGAUCCUGCGGAGCCUGCGGCUCCCCGAGUUCGAUGACCUCAGCCAGUUCUUCCGCAACCUGCCGGCCACGGCCCUGGUGGGCAUCGGCGCCCUGGCCGCCGUCGUCGCCUACUGGUUCGCCAGCCGGCCCCGGGCCGUCAAGCCGCCCUGUGACCUGAGGAUGCAGUCGGAGGAGGUGGAGGGUCUGGCUGGAGCACGCCGGUCGGUGAUCGGGGACAGCCCACAGCUGCUGACACACUACUAUGAUGACGCCAGGACCAUGUACGAGGUCUUCAGGAGGGGAUUCAGCAUCUCUGAGAAUGGUCCCUGCCUGGGGUUCAGGAAGCCCAAGCAGCCCUACCAGUGGCUGUCCUACAAGGAGGUGGCUGAAAGAGCAGAAGCUCUGGGUUCAGGCCUUCUUCAGCAGGGCUGCAAGCCUUCCACAAAGCAGUUCAUUGGGGUCUUUGCUCAGAACCGCCCAGAGUGGAUCAUUUCUGAGCUGGCUUGCUACACCUACUCCAUGGUGGUGGUUCCCCUCUAUGACACCUUAGGUCCCGGAGCCAUUCGCUACAUCAUCAACACAGCUGACAUUUCCACAGUCAUUUGUGACAAACCUGAAAAAGCCAGAAUACUCCUGGAGCACGUGGAGAGGAGGGAAACACCAGGUCUGAGCUCCAUCAUCCUGAUGGACCCCUUUGAGAAGGAGCUGACCGAGAGAGGAAGGAGGUGUGGGGUGCGCAUCCAGACCAUGCAGGAGGUGGAGGACUGUGGCCGUGAGAGUCGACACGUGCCUGUGCCUCCCCGACCUGAAGAUCUAUCCAUUGUUUGUUUCACUAGUGGCACUACAGGGAGCCCCAAAGGUGCUAUGCUGACCCAUGGGAACGUGGUGGCUGAUUUUUCAGGCUUCCUGAAAGUGACGGAGAAAGUGAUCUUUCCGAGACAGGACGAUGUGCUCAUCUCCUUCCUGCCUCUGGCUCACAUGUUUGAAAGAGUUAUACAGGUAAGAAACCUGCCUGAACUGACGAGGCCUCCUGGGGCUCCUUCUGUUUUCUUCCAGAGUCAGUGGUCUCCUACUUGUGAGGAUGUACACAUUUCCUAUUUGCCUUUAGCACACAUGUUUGAGAGAAUGGUACAGUCUGUGGUGUACUGCCAUGGAGGGCGAAUCGGCUUCUUCCAGGGAGACAUCCGCCUGUUGUCGGAGGACAUGAAAGCCCUGAGGCCAACCAUCUUCCCUGUGGUGCCACGGCUGCUGAACAGGAUGUAUGAUAAGAUCUUCAGCCAGGCAGACACAUCCCUCAAGCGCUGGAUGCUGGAAUUCGCGGCGAGGCGGAAGAAGGCUGAAGUUCGCAACGGCAUCAUCCGAAACGACAGCUUGUGGGAUAAGCUUUUCUUCAACAAAAUACAGGCCAGUCUGGGCGGCUGCGUUCGCAUGAUCGUGACGGGCGCUGCCCCUGCAUCUCCCACGGUCCUGGGCUUCCUCCGCGCUGCCCUCGGAUGCCAGGUUUAUGAAGGUUAUGGCCAAACAGAGUGCACAGCUGGAUGCACCUUCACCACCCCAGGUGACUGGACAUCAGGUCAUGUAGGAGCCCCUUUGCCCUGUAACUUAAUCAGAUUGAAGGAUGUGGAAGAGCUGAAUUAUUUUGCUUCCAAAGGAGAAGGAGAGAUAUGUGUGAAAGGACCAAAUGUUUUCAAAGGUUAUCUGAAAGAUGAAGAGAGGACAAAGGAAGCACUGGACCAGGAGGGCUGGCUUCACACUGGAGACAUUGGGAAAUGGUUACCUAAUGGGACUCUAAAGAUUAUUGAUCGGAAAAAGCACAUCUUUAAACUGGCCCAGGGAGAAUACAUUGCCCCAGAGAAGAUCGAGAACAUCUACAUCCGCAGUGACCCCGUGGCCCAGAUCUAUGUCCAUGGAGACAGCCUGCAGGCUUUUCUGGUGGGAAUUGUGGUGCCUGAUUCUGAAGUUAUGCCAGGCUGGGCAAAGAAAAGAGGGUUUGAUGGAACAUAUGCAGAGCUCUGUAAAAAUAAGGAGCUGCAGCGAGCGAUAAUGGAAGACAUGGUCCGGCUGGGCAAGGAGAGCGGACUGCACUCCUUCGAGCAGGUCAAAGCCAUCUACAUCCACUCGGAUAUGUUCUCAGUACAAAACGGUUUGCUGACACCAACGUUAAAGGCUAAGAGACCAGAACUAAGAGAUUACUUCAAAAAGCAAAUAGAAGAGCUAUAUUCAAGCAUCUCCAUCUGAAACCCCAGGGAGCAUGUGCUGAGCAACGGACUCCGUAGCAACAACAGAAUAACACUGCAAAAUACAGAGCCAGAACAGCACAGCAGAAACAGAGAAACAUCUGGAUUUGACAUUUGAGCCUUUCAUUGUUCACCACUAACCAUAAUUUCCCUUCCUUUCUUCUUUUUUUUUUUUCCCCAUCAGGUGUGAUAGAAUUCAUUUUCCACUCUGUGCACACAAUAGGCUACUACUACUACUACUAAAACUGAUGCUAAAUUGCAACAGAAAUUCCAACCUGUGACUGAGUAAAUUCUGGAAGCAUACCUAAUUAAGAGCUCCAAGCAUUUUCUAAUUAAAAUAGGGACAACUUCAGGUAUGUCUGUUGAUAAUUUGAUUGUACAUAACCAAAUCCAGGAGGAACUAAAACUGUGGAUAAUUCAGUAAUGUGGUCUACCUCAAACGAUCAGUGACUGAUGGUGAAAGUUUCUUUUCCCUGAUCUGGAAAUUCAAGCUGGUUAUUGGUUUAUAUAUUAAGUGAUAGGUUUUUUGUAAUUUUUUUUUUCCUUCUGGGACAUAAAUGUCAUUGAUUUAAUUUAAUCAUUAAUGACCUAAUAACUUGAUGAUCUUAAAAGGUCUUUUCCAACUGAAACACUUCUAAGAUUCUACAACUGGGAUAGGAGUAGGAGCAGAUCUCCCACUACUUGUACUUAAUAGAUUCUAUUAGGGUAUUACAUCUAAUGGAUUAAUAUCACCUUGAAAUGGCAAGAACAGGUUAGGAAGCAAUAGGAUAGAAUUCCCUCUGUUCCCUUUUCAUCCCAACUCAGUUUAUACAUGGCAUGCUGGUUUUACAUUAGGGCUUCCUUCAGCACUCGUGGACAUCUGAACUACUCAAACUGAGGCGGUGGCAGGAGCACUGCUGGCUCUGUGGUGGCUUUGUGGGGGGAGUUUACAUUAACCCACAUGCUCCCAGCCCCUAAUUUAUCACUUUACAUGCUGCUAAUACUGCGUAGUCCAGUUGGACUAACUCCUUUUCAGAAACAGUGCUGAAGAAACACAGCACAAGGGACAAGCUGCGAUGUUGAAUGGGGCUUCAAAAAGCAGAUUGGUUUGGGAGGAAGGCCAGCCCAGAGCUGCAGCAGCAGCAGAUAUCCUUUGGCUGACUGUGGAAGAGGAUGAAGUACUGCUCCAAAAAGUGCACAGAGAUGGGCAGAAGGCUGUGUUAGCCAGGCUGUUGUAAGGUGUCAUGGUGUGGUAAAACGUUGGACAUGUGGCAGAAAGGCCUGCUGAGAAAAUGUGUUUGGAUGUGUGGAAGCUUCAGCUCCCUGUCAUCACUUCCAGCGGCUGCUUUGGGGUAAACAAGUUGGACUGAAUGAAACCUGAGAUUUCACAGCCAGCUGCAGCCAUGAGGAAGGGGGUAAAUCCCACAUGGAACAAGAACAGGCUCAAGAGCUCUCUCCUGAUACGAGGCAGAGAACUGUAGCGCUGAGUCGCUUGAACACUUGGACUGCCGAUGGCUUCCUUCUGCUCAACAGGGUCCUGCAUAUCUCUGUGUGUUUGUAUGGCUGCUGUGUGUUCACCAGUGCAUACUAGCAUGCAGCUGUGCCUACCUGACCUUUGCUAGGACAGUGAAAGCACAUGAUUUUCUCUCUUAAAAUGGAGUCCACUGUAGACUUUGAAGCUACAGGUUGAAGUUUUUCAUCGCAGCGAUCCCUUCUUUGCCCUCUGAAACUCCACUGCAUGCUUCGAGCUGAGAUCAGCUGAACCAGCGAGUUAGCGCUACACCAAGACUGAUUUAUUGCAGUGAGUUCACUGCAAAAUGAUACAAAGGAAACUACAUCAGCCAACGUAAUCCCUCAACAAAGAACACGGCGACUUGACCUAUCAAGUGCGCAAGUCUGAAGCCCCCUUUGCGCCCCAUUCCUCAUGCGAUUCCAGCGCAGUGACUCACGGCAGCCCCGGGAGAGGAGAAAUACCACCGCUGUGAGCUCUGCAUUCACGCACAGCAACCGCAUCCCUUGGGGAGUGGCGUCUGCCACGGCUUACAGAGGAUGGGAAUGAAUUACUGUGCAAGAUCUGGCUCUUUGGGACAAGUCAUCAAAGGUUUUCAUCUCUGCAGGGUCUAGUCCAUCUCCUCUGCGUAUCAGCCAAGAGACAGUCACUGCGUACGCAUGUGUCAGCGCUACGAAGAACUGGCACAGUUUCCUGGUUUAAUGGGAAAUACCUAAAGUCAAACGAACUACUCAUCUAAACAAGUACAGAAAAGCUAUUUUCCACUGAGCUUUUGCUAUCAGAUGAAUUUGAUUGCCUUCUCUCUGAAGGCGAUUUUGGUUCACCAGUUGUUUCUAGGUAACGUAACUCCAACCUUGUUCACGUAUAAAAGACCCCACAAUGAGUUUGUUUGUGAUUUAUUUACACAGCUGAUCUUUUUGCUUAUAUAAUGUGGAGUAAUCUACCUGUAGUCUUCUAUUCUUCUCCUGUGUCACCUGCCCUAGGUGACACUGCUUUGCUAGGGAGUUUGGACCUCCUUGGAUGUCCCAUCCAACCCCUAACAUUCCAAGAUUUUAGGCUUCUUUUGCUAUUUGAUGCUAAACAUCAGACACAGUAGAGACAAAGGCAUGAAUGCCAACGUAUCAGAAGGAGAAAAUCCAGACUUGGCCACACCAGGACGAUGCAAAACUGGGGAGAAACUGUGUUGUGUGAACACUUUCAGAACCUGUGAAAAGCCCUAAGAGUAAACUAAAAGCUCUCUUUAAUCCUUUCUUGUGUAAUCAGAUUUACCUCUGCAGGUCACUCUCACCACAGUCAUAACAAUGUUGUGAGAGAUUAAAACUUGAGAAGAACACAUGUGUGAGCUUGGCGCGCACACGCUUCAAAUUCCAGGAAUGCUUCUUCUGCAUUGAGCUGUCUUAAACUGAAAUGCUUCUUGUGAGCACCAUGGAAAAAUCCCACAACCAGAUGGGUGGUUUUUUUUUUCCCCUCAAGAUAACUAAUUACAACACUAAUUUCUAAUGUUUGUCUUACUGAAAGAGCUGAGGCUCCAGUGCUGUUGUGCAUAGAGCACUGAACUUCUCAGGGAGCUUCAGGAGGAUUGGUUUUAACUCAUCAGUGUCAUCCAAGGGUUCACUCCAUAAUCAAUAAAUGAAAAAACACAGCAAAGCUACUGAUGAGCACAGCCCCAGCCUGCCAAGGAAUGGGUGCUGGUCAGAGCUGGGCUCCUAUGAUUGGGCUGUUACUCAAUGAGGCUGUUAGUUGGUGUUGUAAAAAGCACCACCACCCUGAGCAGUCAAGUGAGACCAGACAAUUCUGCAUCCAAAGGCUCAUACUGUGGUCACAACCUGUGGGUUGAGACACUGUUCUCACAUGUUAAAUAUGAGAGGUUCUUCCUGGGCCUGGUGCUAUGCAUGUGGCAUCACUGGAAGACUCUCCAGUGGUCGUAUACAAAAAACCUGAAUAAAAUGCAUUGGUCUUUUAUUCCAGGAAGAGAAUCUUGCUUAGUUAUCUAUUUUGAAUGUUUUAUUUGCUCUAUAUAUUGCACAGAGACAAUGCUGUUCUGCCACAGAAACGAUCAAAGACGCACACAAGCGUGAGCAGAAGCCACAGCAGAGAGUCCAAACCUUGUGCUGGUAGGAAAUCCACAGCAUUAUUCUGUCCUGAAAGGCACAUUUGUAGGGUAAAAUGUCUGAUGCACAUGAAGAGAGAGAGAGAAAGAUGGUGAGUUGUUUAUCAAUGAAGUCCUAUUUCAUAACCUGUCCUCUCUGUGAGUCUAGAUCAUCACCAGUCAAGUUCAGUGUCAUGUUUUUUUACCAUGAAUAUGAAAUUCUUGCACAUAACAGGAAAAAAAAUAACCUGAUUUAAUCUUCUGGGGUGAAACAAAUUAACUAUAGCUUUUAUUUUUCUUUUAAUAAUCGUUCUCCAUGUGUGAAAAGCACAAACUGGUGAUCUCUAUGUAAAUAAACUGCUGCAAGAUGAAUGUAAACUGGGAAAGAAUAAACUAUUUUUGCAUGGUAACAGAUUAAUUAAUGAUCUCUUGAUGCCUUACAGAGAAUUUGGAGAAGCAUUUUAUUUAGAGGCAAUUCUACCUGCAUACUUUUUUGUAUCUUUAGCUCACUUUGGGUUUGGCUGUUGGGGGGGGGAACCAAUCAAUCACUAAAAAUCAGAAUUAGAUAUAUGUUUGUCCUUGGAAUUAAUCUAUUCAGUAAUUUGCACAUUGAGUGGUUUCUGUACCAGCUUUACUCCUGUGAAGUGAUGAAGCUGAGGCUGUUCUUUUUUUUUGGAGAAGAAAUCUGGAUGCUCAUAGUCUGGGAGGGAAAAAAAAAGUUUUAGCUCCCUGGAAUUGUUCUAAAAUAAAAUGUUUUCUGAGGCAUCUAGAGUCCCUUUAAACCCUUCAUUUCAGCCUUUUGUUAUGUCUUCUAGCAGAGUACAAGGAGGGAACAAAUGAGGCAGUUUGAUCCACGUUGCCUAUUUUCAGCUGAAGGAGAAGGGGUUAAAAUAGAACAUAUGUGUUUGUGUAAAGAGAAAAUUAACUGUAAUUAAAGAUGUCUAUCAAAAAGUCAUCUGCAGAAACUUCUGUAAAGAAUGAAAUUGUCCCACCAAAAGCUGCUCAUAGGAUUUUUCUCCCAGGGCUGACCUACACUAAAUCUCUUUCCUUAAAAGCUGUUGUUGCUCCAGCACGGAGUAACUCCUCACGGUCAGGAUGAAGCUGUUCAGAAUGUGUGCCUAUAUUAAACGUGGUGUAAACAAAAAACAAAACCAAACCAAAAAAGAGCAAAUACAGAAAAGAACAACUAAAGGUACAGUGGAAGCUGAGAUCGAUUUUAGCAAUCUUCUUGAAGGGGGGGGGGUGGGGGUGGGGAAAUGACUGCAAAGUCCCCUGAAGACACUGCAGUCUUUCUGUAACGGUCUCUCUUUUUUGUUUUACUUAUUUUAAAUCAUUAAUAACAUAACCAAAUGUAUAUGCUUGUUUAAUAUGAAUUGACAAUUGGGAAUGCAUAGUAUUUUUACAGACUAUGUGUCUAAACCAAUAAAGUUUAAAAGAGUUCA